AUGAGCUCUCACCCGCAGAACCCCCUCCCCUCAGCCAAGGAAGAGGAUGACGACAAGAAGCGAGUGAGCUCGGACGUUGCUUCCAUUUCAUUGUCGGAGAAGCCGCUCGGGGCGCCCAUCGAGACGCGCAAGCGGUUCUUCUGGCAACGAUUCAGACGGGUGGCCAGCGACCUGGAUGCUAUCGCAACUCAACCGUCAGUAUUCGAUGAUCCUGUUGGACUGGAGUCCUACAGGCCUCCUCCACAGUACGAGAAUGUACAUAGGUUCGACCCUAACGCUCGUUGGACUUGGCGAGAGGAAAUACACGUUGUCAAGAAGAUCGAUACUAGAAUCAUGAUUUGGGCUUGCAUCAUGUUCUUCGGCCUCGAUCUAGAUAGAACCAACAUAUCCCAGGCGAAUACAGACAACUUCCUCGACGAUUUAGGUAUGACAACGAACGACUUCAAUCUUGGAAACACAUUGUUCCGCCUCUGCUUCUUGACUGCGGAACUUCCCUCUCAGCUCGUUUCAAAGAGAGUUGGUCCGGAUGUCUGGGUGCCGACACAAAUGAUCCUGUGGAGUACCGUCGCUAUUUGCCAAUUCUGGCUCCAGGGGCGGUCGUCCUUUCUCGCAACAAGAUGCUUGUUAGGCUUCCUGCAAGGAGGGUUCAUACCUGAUGUUGUAUUGUAUCUGUCCUAUUUCUACACGAAGACCGAGCUCCCGAUCAGACUGGCAUUCUUCUGGGUAUCAAACUAUCUCACGGAAAUUGUGAGCGCAUUCUUGGCUACUGGUAUUCUUCGCCUUCGCGGUACGGGUGGGCACGCAGGAUGGAGAUACCUGUUCUUAAUUGAGGGGUUGAUUACUCUCUCAUUGGGGAUCGCGUCUAUUUUCUUGAUGCCGGCGGGGCCAACGCAAACGAAGGCUUGGUUCAGACCAAAUGGUUGGUUUACUGAGAGGGAGGAAUACAUUAUGGUGAACAGGAUCCUUCGAGACGAUCCGUCCAAGUCCGACAUGCACAAUCGGGAAGGUCUCACACCACGGAUGAUAUUCGAUGCUUUAAAGGAUUGGAGGAUGUGGCCCCUCUAUAUCCUUGGCAUGACGCACUUGAUCCCCGUUGGCCCUCCUCAGACAUACCUGACACUAUCGCUGCGUAAUCUCGGGUUUACCACAACACAGGCGAACUUACUAUCCAUCCCGGCCACGGUCCUCGGCAUGCUCCUGCUCCUUUUCACGGCCUACUUCAGCGAGGUUGUGAACAGCCGAGUCUUGUCGACCAUAAUCUUACAAAUUUGGGCCCUGCCUAUGCUUAUUGCUUUGUACACGUUCACUAGCAACACGUCUCAAUGGGUGUACUUCGCGGUCGUGUCACUGAUUACUGGCUAUCCGUAUAUUCAUCCCAUCCAAGUUGCUUGGGCGUCAAGGAAUUCUUAUAGUGUCCGCACUAGGACUAUCUCCGCCAGCGUAUACAAUAUGUUUGUCCAGGCUGGCGCCAUCAUCUACGCCAAUAUAUAUAAAGCUGAUGAUAAACCUCUCUAUAAACGAGGAAAUCGGGAUCUAAUCGCCAUUUGCUCUAUGAACAUUGUGCUGUACAUUUGCACGUUCUUCUUCUAUCGUGAAAUCAACAAACGUCGGGAUAGACGGUGGGAAGCGAUGGACGAAAAGCAACGCCAAGAAUACCUAGAAACCACGAAGGAUGAGGGGAACAAACGCUUGGACUUUCGAUUUGCAUACUAA